AAAAACAUCUUACUAUAAUGGCUUUCCCUCCCCACGUAGUAGAAGACUGCAUGGGCCUCCUCAAACUCUUCAGCGACGGCACCGUUUUCCGCUCCCACAUACACUUCCAAGAACAACCCUCACACACCCAACACAACAACCUCGUCCUCUUCAAAGACUUCCUCUACCACAAAAAAUUCAACCUCCACCUCCGUCUCUACAAACCCAAAUCCAACAACCAUGAUGAUAACAACAACGACAAUAAAUUACCCGUGGUAAUGUUCCUCCACGGUGGAGGCUUCUGCUUCGGCUCGCAUGCAUGGCCGCAUGUCCAUGCAUGCUGCCUCUGUCUUGCUGCAAGCCUCCAUGCUGCUGUGGUGGCGCCAGACUAUCGCCUGGCGCCAGAGCACCGUCUACCCGCUGCGGUGGAAGACGGUGUAGAGGCGGUGCGGUGGCUGCAGCGGCAGGCGCACGAGAAGGGGGACGUGUGGGUGAGGGAGGGCGUUGACUUUGGGCGGGUGUUCGUGGUGGGGGACUCGUCUGGCGGGAACAUUGCGCACCACUUGGCGGUUCAGUUGGGGGCCGGUUCGGGGGAGAUGGACCCGGUUCGCGUACGAGGUUACGUGAUGAUGGGUCCGUUUUUCGGUGGGGUUGUUCGGACGAGGUCGGAGGUGGGCCCAUCGGAACAAAUGCUGAACCUUGAGAUGCUCGACAGAUUUUGGAGGCUUUCAAUACCUAUUGGAGAAACCAGAGAUCACCCAUUGGCGAACCCAUUUGGACCUGGCAGUCCAAACCUUGGAGAUGUGAAGCUUGACCCUAUCUUAGUCAUAGUUGGUGGCAAUGAAUUGCUGAAGGACAGAGCAGCAGAAUAUGCAACAAGGUUAAAAGAACUAGGGAAGAACAUUGAAUAUGUUGAGUUUGAGGGCAAGGAACAUGGUUUUCUGACUCAUGAUUUAUACUCAGAAGUUGCGGAAGAGGUCGUGCAAAUCAUUAAAAGGUUCAUGCUUGAGAAUUCUAAAUAGAAUUAAUGUGUGGAAAAGAAAAGAUCAUCAAAGGGUCCUAGAGUUUUCAUGUGUAGUGAUCUUAAGUUAAUCCAUGUUUUCUAGUUUGGUAAAAUGUGUAAUAAAAUGUACGUAAGUUGCAGAUGGAGAAUUAAUGUAGUGAAUUGGUUGUUUUUA